AUGCAACAACACGUGCGACAAGGCGCACAGAAAAACAUUCGACAUAAACGGUCCCGCACUGGUUGCCUCACAUGUCGGUCCCGGGGCUACAAGUGCGAUGAAGCCAGACCGACAUGCAAUGAGUGCCGUCGGCUGGGGCUUUCCUGCGAAGGAUACGGUUUGCGUCUCCUCUGGAAGGAGGACGCAGCUAAGAGAGGCAUAGCCCAUGGACGGACCAGCCUUCGGACGAAAGGCAAGAGGAAGCACUCUAGCCCUGCUCCUGAAUCCCACCAAGCAUACUCAAAUUGCAUCCCAGCAAGCGAGGCCGCAGCUGGGAGCUCCCUCGCUGACUCCAAAGCAAUCCCCCAAGCCCCACGGAGCCUACCCGGUGUCAGCGACCAAGAGGCCAGUCUGCUUGACCACUGGAUUAAGUAUACAAGCGGCACGCUGUCCAUCUCUUGGGGCUGUCGUGAACGGUUACUCUCGUCGAUUAUACCCUUGGCGCUGGAUAGAACCCCGCUGUGGAUGAGCAUCAUGGCCGUUGCCUCAUCGCAUCGGGACAUGUGGAUGCCACAGAAGGAUAUCACUACUUUGAAAUGGCAUUGUAAAGCUAUUGGCUCUGUGAAAAGGGCCAUUUUAGACCCCGCUUUGUGUUAUGCCGACUGUACGCUAGCUGCCAUCCUCAUGCUACAUAUCUAUGAGGUUGACGUUCACUACUGCCCCGACUACCAGGCGUGCAUCAGCCAUAUGAAAGGUGCAGCUAGCAUCAUCAAAGCCCGUGGUAAAGCUGCCACGUACCACACGACUGUAUCAUCUGGCAUUUUAAUUAGCUUAUUCUGCCAUUACGAUAUUCUAGCCACUCCGUCGACCCAAGAUGAUCCCCUACUAUCUGAUAAUUGGGUACAGGUUGACACUCAAACUCAAAUGGACAGCUUCCUUGGCUUCCACGGGCCGAUGCUACGCAUCAUGGCCCAGAUAUCUCAUUUGGCUGUAGUGAAAAGAAAAUACCAAGCCGCCCCUUCUCCACCAGCUUCGUGGGAGGCUGGUCUAAAACGACAAGCCUCAAUGAUUGAGUCAAGCAUUCUCAACUUCCAGCUUCCAACCUCAUGUCAUAUUGAUUCCUCAAGCAACCAAGCGGCAAGCGACCUCGUUGCAACAGCAAACGCAUACCGCUAUGCUGUUCUGAUAUAUCUUUACAAAAGCAGCAUACGACCUCAGCGCACCCCAUCCGCAUGUCGUGUACUUUGUCAAACUUUGUCUAGAUUAUUAUGGCCGCUAUGGGCGGCUGGUUGCGAAGCAGUCCAGCCGCCCGAUCGACGCUUGGUGCUUCAGCGCUUGGAGAACAGGGCUCGAAAAUCACGCAAUAUGGAUCAAAUCGUGAGCAUGAUGCAGGUAGUCUGGAGGCAGAAAGAGUUUAGGAUUGCUCGCAACGAGAAGAGAAUUGGAUGCAUGGAGAUUUUGCAAGAUACUGGCAAUCUCGGAAUUGUGUUGUAA